AUGGGGGCUCUGAACCCACACGUGCUCCCGCUCCGCCCGGGGCUGCACGAGGGCCGCUGUGACCCGGCAGCGCAGGCCCCGCACCGGGCCACGACCGGGGCCUCACCUGCGGCCCGGCCGCCGCCGCCCGCCCUGCGGGAGCCCGGCCGCCCAGUGCGCGGCCUGCGAGACAGCGGCGCCGCAGCUCAGCAGAACGCGCCGGCCCUGGGGGGGCUCGUGGGCGUCACCAGCGCGCGGCUCGGCUGCGGCAAGACGCGGUUCGAGGGGCUGUGCCUGCUGUCACUGCUGGUGCAGGAAAGCCCCAGCGAUCUGUUCCAGCAGCACUGCCUGGCCUGGCUGCGCAGUCUCCAGCACCUGCUCCAGUCCCAGGACCCUGCCGCCACCGUGGCGCUGGGUGUGACGGUGCUGCGUGACUUGCUCCUCUAUUCAGCCCAGCUGCCCGAGCUCGCCCGCGACAUCAGCACCAACCACAUCCCCGGGCUGCUCACUUCCCUGCUCGCCCUCAAGCCCGAGUGCCAGCUGUCAACUCUGGAGGGCACCAGGGCCUGUAUGACCCACUACCCCCGGGCCUGUGGCUCCUUGCGGGAUAAGCUGGCUGCAUAUUUCCUAGCCCGAGUAGACUCAAAAUCACCUGAGCUGCAGCAGCUUGCCUGCAAGUGCUAUGCACUGCUUCCCAGACUGGGGGGAGGCUUCCCACAGGGGUUGCCACGCCGGGAGUGCUGGGAGCAGGAGCUCCACUGCAUCCUUGCCACACUGCAUGGGCUGCUAGGCACGCUCUAUGAGGGUGCAGAGACUGAUCCAGUCCCCUACGAGGGCCCUGGGGUAGAGCUGCUGCUCCCAGCACUGCAGGAUGGGGAGCCUGGCUGCAUCCCGAGCCUACGUGCCCGCUUUGCCGGGCUGGCCCGCUGCCUCCGCCUGAUGCUUAGCAGUGAGUUUGGGUCCCCGGUGACUGUCCCCGUCCAGGAUAUCCUGAACCUGGUGUGUCGUGCCCUCAACAUCUCCAGCAAGAACAUUAGCUGGUUUGGGGAUGGGCCCCUAAAGAUGCUGCUGCUCCCCUCCAUCCACUUGGAGAGCCUGGACGUACUGGCUGCUCUCAUUGUGGCGUGUGGGGCACGGCUGGCUCGCUGGGGCAGCGUUCUUGCCCGCCUCUUCUCACAGGUGCUGGAUGUCUGGAGUGGGGCCCGUGAUGCCCCCCCAGGGCAAGAGAAGCCCUACAGCGCUGUGCGCUCCAGGCUGUACCAGGUGCUGGAGCUGUGGCUGCAGGUGGCAGGGGCUGGUGGGGGUGUCCUACAGGGCUCCGGGCCCCUCAGUGAGGCCCUCCUGGGCCACAUGCUCAGUGACAUCAUGCCCCCCACUGACAGCAUCAAGAUGCGCACCGGGCACCACAGCCUGUCCGAGGGGGGCAAGCCCAGUGCCCCCAAGAAGCCAAAGCUGAUGGAGGGGGCAGGGGAUGCCCCAGCCCUGCACCGCAAAGUGGACCCUGCCGCCAACAGCGAUGUCUGCCAAGCUGCCCUCCAGGCCUUGUACCGAGCCGUGUUGCUGGGAGGGCCCCUCAUCAAGGAGGAGAUGCACAGACGUCUGCAGGAGCUGGUCGUGCCCCUGCUGUUGCGCCUAUCCCAGGACGGGGGACCCACCGGCAGUCCUUAUGCCCACCCUGCCUGCCGCCUGGCUCUGCACCGCCUUCUGCUGGCCCUGCUGCUCGCACCUGCCCCUGCAGCGGCCCCCCCACCUCUGCACUGUGCUCUCCGUGUCUUCACCCAGGGCCAACAUGACCCCAGCCUCGAGGUCUCGUCCUUCUGCGCUGAGGCCCUGGUCAUCUGCAGUGCAGUCGCGCGGCCCCGGGUACCCUCCCUCCAGCUGUCCCUAUCCAGGCCUAGCCCCACCCCUCCGGCCCAGGCCCCAGCCCCCGACAUAGCAUCUCCACCACCCCCAGCCCCCCCGGCUCCAGAGCCUGUGGAGGAGCCUGUUGUAGCCGUGCCACCGCCCCCUGCCACAGCUCCUAGUGUCCCAGAGCUGCCCCCCACUUCCCUGGCUGAGGACGACCCGGCUGUGAUCAACAUCAACAGCAGUGAGGAGGAGGAGGAGGAGGAGGAAGGCUUUGAUGAGGAAGAGGAGGAGUACUUUGAGGAUGAAGAGGAUGACGAAGAGGAAGAAGAGGAGGAGGAAGGCUUUGAGGAAGAGGAGGACGAGGAGGAAGAAGACUUUGAGGCAGAGCUGGAGGAGGAGGAGCUGGAGGAGGAGGACGAGGAGGAAGAGUAUGAGGAAGAUGAAGGGCUCUCAGAGGAGGAGGAGGAGGAUGAGGAGGAGGGCCACAGUGGCCCCCCACCAUCAGUCCCCACCCCAGUACCACCUGCUGCUGACAUCAAUAAGGCCCCUGAGCCUGAGGAUCUCAUCAUGGAGGUGGAAGAGACACCUGCACCCCCCGAGGAAGAGGAGGAGGAGGACGAAGAGGUGGUGGUGAUGAAGACUCCGGCCCUGCCCCAGCAGGAGGAGGAGGCUGGAGGAGGGCAGGAGGGUGCAGCUGGAGUUCCCCCACCUCCCUUGGCUGUGCCCGUCCCCGAGGAGGCAGAACCCCCAGCCCUGCUGCCGCAGCCCCCCCAAAUUGAGGAGGUGCCCCCCACUAGCCCAGAGGAGGGUGCUGGUGAGGGCAGUGCCGAGGCACGCCCCCCUCCAGGCGCCCCUGAGGAAGAAGUAGUUGUGGCCAUCAAGGAGGAGGUGGAGGAGGUGGAUGAGGCGGCGACCAUGCUGGCUGACUUCAUCGACUGCCCCCCAGAUGAUGACAAGACCCCCCCUGAAACUGGUUCCUAAGCAUUGGGGGGCCCCUAGCUUUCCAAAAUCCUGACUGGCUGGGCUCCCCUCCACCCCCCAGCUCCCCAUUUUGUACUGAUUCCCCCAAACGCGUGGAAUAAAGCCUGUGAG